AUGUUUCGACGAUUGAAGCAAAAUGUAUUGGUCAAGUUGGAUAUGGCAAAACAAACAGAGUUUCCAAAUGAUGUUACUCGUUCGAUUACUUUCUGUGAACAAAGCAAAUCGGAUGUGACAGCAAUUGCGAAGGCUGUUGAAACGAUGAUUUCAAAUUUCAAAGCCACCAGUAUGACUCCUGUUGAUUCAAUAGCUAAUUCAUGCGAUGGUUUGGCUGUUAAAACGAAAAAUAAAAAAUUCAAUAAUGUGAUGAAAAACGUCAAGGAAACAAUGGAGGAAAUUGCGAAAACGGAGCAUUCAACGGCUAAACGAGUAGAACUAAAAUUUAUUGAAGCUUGGUCAAGAACAUGGCUUAAAGGAAAUUUGAAAGUUUAUCUCGAUGAUAUCAGUCAGUUGAAAAAGCGACGUCUUGACAAAGAUGGUUUAGCUCAAUCAGCCAGCAAACAUCAGGACGAUCAGAGUAAACAGCAAAAGAGUAAGGAAGCAGAUAUGCAGUAUGAGGGACAGUUGAUGAAAGUUCGACAAAAUAUUCAAGAAUUCAAAAUACAUUAUCAGAGAACUGCGGAGGCAGUGCAAGAACUAAUGAACAUAAUGACAGAACAUUUUGAUAAAUGUGACAACAUUACAGCUGACCAUUUAAAAAAGGCCAAAAAUUAA